AUGAACGAAGAAGAGUUUUAUGUGCGAUUCUCCAAACAGUAUCUCUACGACAAACACGAGAAUCAGUAUCUCGACUGCAGCAGCGUCGUCGCAAUAGAUGCGGAAGCGAAUGACCUGGCCAUCCGUUUAUCUAGUCAGAUCACGUUUUCCAAGAACAUACUCGCUUUUGCGGGUACGUUUGUGGAAUUGCACCAGUUGCCGGCCACUGUGAGGCAUGCCUUCGUUGUUGCCAACAGCGCGGAUGGGACCGAAGAUGCGUCGAAAGACUGCGUUCUGCAGGCUGUUGAGAAUUUGAAGAAGGAAGGAAUCCAUUUUUCCUGCUUCCUCAUCGAACCAUUCCUUUUCAUGGACGAAGUCGGAUUCCUGCAAUAUCCCCAGGGGUUACUGAAGACCAUCACAAGUUCGUUGCUGAAGGACACGAAAUGCCUCACGAUCGUGGACGAAUCUCGGACUGGUCUCGGAAGGCUCGGCACUGGGAUGUGGGCUUUCACUGACAUCGGGAUCCUGCCGGACCUGGUGGUAGUGGGUGUGAUUUUAGGAAACGGGUUCCCACUCUCGGCUGUGCUCACAUCCCGGCAAAUCGCUGCCGCGGUACCCAAGUAUUAUUCUACGGUAUGA